GAAAUUUCUGAUAGGAAGUAGUAUAUGGUCUUUCCUUAAAUAAAUCUUCUUCUCUUGUUACUCUAUAGAAAACACUUGUUCCUUCUGUGACACUAUCUGAAUCCACAGACACUUGAUCUUUUUAUCUCUCUUUCAUUCUCAUUUCACCCUACUUAUGGAAAGUUCAAUUACACUUUGACUUUGUCACUCCUCUUUUGGCAUUCCAUAUAUACUCACCCCCACAAGGCAAUUUCCACUUCCCUCUCUACUUCGUUGCAUUAAUUAAUGGCUGAAUUUGGAGUUGAACCACCAUAUUCGGAGACCCGAAGCAAUAGCAAUUCGUCCUAUUUUCCAUCCUCAUUCUCUUCCAAUUUCACAAAGAACAUGGUGUCGGACACGUCCAACAAGUCAAAAACAGAGGAACCAGAAGAGAAACGUAGGAUAAAGCGAAUAAGCGAUCAGUACUUCAACAGUACUGAAAACAGAGCAUACCCAGUUUAUAGAGGAGUUCGAAUGCGAAGUUGGGGCAAAUGGGUGUCUGAAAUUCGACAACCUCGUAAGAAAUCUCGUAUUUGGCUCGGCACUUAUCCAACCCCAGAAAUGGCUGCUAGAGCACAUGAUGUUGCCGCGCUUAGUAUUAAAGGAGAAUCAGCAAUUCUUAACUUCCCUCAACUUGUUGAGUCACUUCCUCGUCCAGCUUCAGUUUCCCCUAGAGAUGUUCAAGCUGCUGCUGCAAAAGCAGCUGCAAUGGAAGAUGUCCUAAAUUCUGCUUCGUCUUCGGUCAGUACGUCGAUGGAAACAACAGCAGCAUCAGAAGAACUGCUAGGCCAGAUUAUAGAGUUACCGAGUUUGGAGGGGACUUUUGACUCGGACGAGUUGAAGUUGAGUGACUCGGCUGAGAGGUGGGUGUAUCCGCCAUCGCCGUGGGGGGCAUUCGAUGGCGAAUUUUGUGGGUAUUUAUUUGAGCAGACUGUCAUUGGAGAGAGUUUAAUAUCUAGCACAGAUUGGAGAUGUUGAAAUGGAUUGAAUCCUGAUAAUGUUGAUCAAAGCGCUAGCAGUGUGACCAUUAUAGUUUUUUUUUUCUUUGUGAGUUAAAAAAAUAAUUGUUUCUUUGCCUUUGGAUGAUACGGUAUGCUCUGUUCAUAAUUAUAAUCAUAAUUCUUCUUCGUACACGUUUGUGAAUAAAAGAACUCUCUUUUCUUUA